CUCAGGAAGAGAACGACAGCGUGCGCGACGGCUAUAAGACCAACAGGUCCGGCUUUCCUUACUGACCAUUCCAUUUCAUCUCCGACUGGGCACGCACGUUCCAGCCUGUUCCAGCUAUCCAGUGAUGGUUUAGUCUGCCCCCUUCUCGAAGUCUGUCAGUAUCAAAGCUUCCAAUCUUCGCAACAAACAAAGUGUCUAUUCAAAUCGUAGGCAGCGCUUCGUUUUGUUUUGUUUUUUCUUCUUUUUAACCGAGACGCAAUAAAAACAAAAACAAAAACGACAACGGAAAAAAAAAAGGAAAAGUUUGAAAACAAAACAAAAAGAAAGUGCGAGUGGAAUUGGGCGAGACAUCGUGGCGGAUGCGCACCAUGAUUGGCCAAACAAGAUUACAGUGGAUCGUUGUUGGAUUAGUGAUGAGCCUCGUCGGUGUACAGCCGCAGCCUCAACGCUCUUCGCAAACACUAUGGAACGUCCCAGCGCACCCUAACGGGAUCCCUCAUCAACUUCAUCGACCGUCUCCUGCAAAGCACCAGGGUGCGUUCCAGCAGACCAGAAACCACAUGACACGUCAAGAUGGCGACAACUGCGCAAUGAACAUACCUGGACGCAAUGGGAGAACUUCGUGCGUGACGUACGAGUCCGUCAAUGUGGCUUUCAACUCGGCCAAGCAGCGGAUGAACUUAGCCGGACCUAAAGGCCGUUCCAUGACCGAUAUUGACGUCGACCACUUGGGUCAAUUGUUGGUGGAGACGAGCCGCAGUUUGGCUAGAGAGUACAACUUAAACGCCGACGCCAUCCAUAACGCCCUGCCUUUAAUCGACACUGGACGGACGAUUAUCGAUCGGUUCUGCCCGGCUUACCUCAAGAGACCCAAGUGCACCGUCAAACGCUACAGAGAGUACAACGGCAUGUGCAAUAAUCUGGAUCACCCGCACUGGGGCGCCACUCUGUCCUCUUACCGACGUCUAUUGCCGGCCGAUUACGCAGACGGCAUUAGCGAGCCGAGGAUUUCCGCGACGGGCAAAGAGCUACCGACGGCGCGCUACGUCUCAGCCGUUAAUCAUCGCGAUUACGGCUUUCACGAUCACGCAGUCACCGUCUACCUGCCCGCCUGGGGUCAGCUGAUCGAUCACGAUAUGGCACUCGGUGCAGAGAGUAAAGAACCAGAGACGGAUGCUGAGCCAAAAUGCUGCGACAAGGCACCCGAGCAACGCCAUCCGGCCUGUUGGCCAAUCGAAAUCCCGCACGAUGACCCGUUCUACUCGAAUUUCGGACGCCGUUGCAUGGAAUUUGUCCGAUCGGCCACUGGACUCUCGGAAAAUUGCAAAUUAGGUCCCCGCAACACGAUGAAUAUUAUAACGAGCACGUUGGACGCGAAUUUCAUUUACGGAUCGUCAAAGGAAACAGCGGACAAGUUACGUCGAUAUCAGGGCGGACUUCUCAAAAGCAACUCGGCUAACCAUCACCUCGGACUCAAAGACUUGUUGCCACCGAAAUUGGAGAGUCCCGACGCCGGAUGCGUCCGCCCAAACAAGGACUCUUAUUGUUUCCUAGCCGGAGACAGUCGAGCCAAUCAGCAAGUGAUGCUAAUUGCCCUUCACACGAUUAUGAUGCGCGAACACAACCGCAUCGCCGUCGAACUGGGAUACAUCAAUCCACACUGGAACGAUGAAAGAAUCUAUCAGGAAACGCGUCACAUCAUGGCCGCCAUCGUUCAGCAAAUCACCUACAACGAAUUCCUGCCUAUGGUUCUCGGCAAGGAUUUGAUGUAUCGUUACGGUCUCCUCCUCAGCAAACAAGGUAUGGGAUCUUUCUACGACCCAACGGUGGACCCAACCAUCCCGGUGUCCUUCUUCGCGGCCGCUUACCGCUUCGGCCAUUCGCUGAUCCCGUCCACCAUCGAACGGUGGAGCGUCACUCAUCAAUACGUGGGAGCCAGGCGGCUGAGCGAAAUGCUGUUGAAUCCGUUCGACAUGUAUGGACCAGGAACGUGUGACCAAUACCUGGCUGGUUUCAUGAAUCAAGUCUCGCAAGCUGUCGACGAUUCCGUCACAGGAGAGUUGACGAACCACUUGUUUCAAGAAGGCCAAAAUAGAUGGGGCGCGGAUUUGGCAUCGCUCAACAUGCAACGCGGCAGGGACCACGGGUUGCCGUCGUACAACGCCUACCGACGCUAUUGCGGUCUGUCGCCCGCACGGCACUGGGACGACCUGGCCGGCGUCUUCACCAACGACACGCUGCAGCGGUACGUCAAGAUCUACGCCACGCCCGACGACAUCGAUCUGUGGUCGGCCGGCAUCUCCGAGCGCCCUUCACCGGGCAGCAUGGUCGGGCCAGUCUUCGGUUGCAUCAUGGGCGAGGCGUUCAGAAACUUGCGCUACGGCGACCGAUUCUGGUACGAGAACGGCGGUUGGCCUAGUUCCUUCACGCUAGCCCAAUUGAACGAAAUCCGAAAAGUGAAACUGUCCCGCAUCGUCUGCGACAACAGCGACAACAUCGAGAGCGCUCAAAUUUACGUCAUGGUCCUCCCAGACCCAAAAGUGAACCCACGUGUCCCUUGCAGGAGCUCCAUUCUUCCACGCAUCAAUUUGGAACAUUGGCGAGACGCGGGCGAACAGCAACCAAGUUACAACAACGACGAGGGACACGGUGAAAUCGACGAACUCGUUGUGCCCGUUCAUCCCUACGAAACCGAGCAGCUCUUUCAAGUUCCACCUGCUUUCCAGCAGCUACAAGACGAAGCCUUGUCAUUCGAUGAACCCAAUUAUCCUCCAGAUCCCAAUCAUCAAAGCCAUCCUCAAUCCCAACCAGAAGUCUAUCACCCAGAACCUCAUGCGCCUCAUCCAACCCGACCGCCUAGAGUUCCUCCUCCUCCUCCUCCUCCUCCUCCGAUUCCCGCCAUCUUCCCCGUCUCCGGCACAGGUGGCGUCCUUUAUCUUCCCGGCCAUCAUCAGCAAGGCGGCAAUCAAAACUACGGCCGUCCUCAUCCGCCGCCGGGCUACCAUCACGUGCGCCGUCCUCCGCGGACCCGCGUCAAAUCCCACAUUUUAGGCAAAUUACUCAAGCUGAAAGGUUGAUCUUAUUAUUGCCUGAUGCGCAAGAGGAUGAAAGAAAAAAAAAAAAAAAAAAAAGAAACAGCAAAAAAAAAAAAAAAAUAAUAAUAAUUAAAUCGAAGGCACGGAGACGGCGUACACGCGUGAAGACAAAAGAGUGGAACAACAAAACCAGGCUGUGGAGAAAUUUCAAUUGGAAAAAUAAAAAGAGGCAAAGAAAAGAAAAGCGAAGACGACUAAUAGACUAGACAACUCAUUUUUUUUUUUUUUUUUUCUGUUUCAUGAUUCGUGAUUUUCAAAAAAGGGAAAAGGAAGUAGAGAAAAAAAAAAAAAAAAAUUUAUACCCGGUGUGUCAAAUAAAAUAUGAAAUAACCAAAAGUUGUGGCUUGAUUAACCAGUCCUCGCAUGAACUGGUAGAAGAAAAUAGGCUAAAACAGAAAUCGAGGAGCUUCGUGCUGCCAUUAGUUCCGGACGUCAAAGCAAUCACCUUCAGAAUUUAUAAAUUGAUGUGCAGCUCGAUUAUCUCGUCUUCUUUUGCGCUCUUCCGUCUGCCUUAACGAUUGGUUUUUCUUCACUGAAACGCUGGCGGCGUCCAAUUAUUUGCAUUUUUGGGUUCGUCAAUAAAUCAAAUGUUGCCCUAUA